AUGCUGUUUUAUUCAUUUUUCAAAUCGCUGGUUGGCAAGGAAGUCACUGUCGAGCUCAAAAACGAUCUGGCAAUCACAGGCACGCUUCACUCAGUCGACCAGUACUUGAACAUCAAGUUGAACGAUAUCUUCGUCACUGAGCAAGACAAAUACCCGCACCUGCUUUCUGUGAAAAACUGCUUCAUCCGCGGCUCCGUGGUGCGCUACGUCCGUCUCCCCGCCGAGGAAAUCGACCACCAACUGCUCCAAGACACGGCGAGAAAAGAAGCCGAAUCGAACCGCACCAACCCGACGGCUUAA